ACCACGAGCUACACUCAGGCUUACCAUGCGGCGCUGCUCUGGGGGUCCCUGCAGCACUUACCUUGUCCUUCGUUCCCGCGAUGUGUCCCCUGCAGCGUCCCCGGCCAUCUCCUCCGGCCGAUGCCGGCAUCCGGCUUCUGUGUUCCGGUCCCCGGGACGUACGGGCGCCGGCGGCGGCGGGAAAUUUAAAAAAUGUCUUUUUAUUUCAAUUUUCAAUAUGCUUUGUCCUGUGCCCUGCCUGCAUUUUGUCUGUUCUUUC